ACAGCCUCUACAUCAACGGAGGAUGUCUGCUGAGAGAAAGCAAGAUCCUAAACACUGUACGAAGUACAAGUUUAUUUUUACAGAGUAACUCGUACAUACCAGUCAUAAUGAACAGAGGAAGAGGCGGUUUCAGAGGAGGCCGUGGAGGAAGAUCUUUUGCUCCACAAGGCCCUCCAGACAGAGUUUUCGAAAUGGGCGCUUUCCUUCACGAAUGUGAAGGUGACAUUGUCUGCAGAUCUACCAACGAAAAGAUUCCAUACUUCAAUGCUCCAAUAUAUCUAGAAAACAAGACACAGGUGGGUAAGGUUGACGAGAUCCUUGGUCCUUUAAACGAGGUUUUUUUCACCAUCAAGCCUUCCGAAGGUGUCCAAGCAAGCUCUUUCAAGGGAGGAGAUAAAUUCUACAUCGCAGCCGACAAAUUACUCCCACUCGAGAGAUUCUUACCAAAGCCAAAACAAGUCGGACCUAAGGCUCCAAAGAAGAAGGGUGCUAGAGGUGGUGCUUCUGCCGGUAGAGGUGGCAGAGGAGGAUUUUCCAGAGGUGGUGGCAGAGGUGGAGCAAGAGGCGGUUUCUCCUCCAGAGGCGGUGGUAGAGGUGGUUUCUCUUCUAGAGGCGGCUUCUCUUCCAGAGGCGGUUCAAGAGGCGGUUCAAGAGGUGGUUUCUCCAGAGGUGGCAGAAGAUGAUUAUCAAAAACAGUUUUUUUCUACUGUCACUCUUACUGUUUUACUGUCACCAGUUCUAGCUUCUUGCCAAAGAUACUUACUACUUUAAAUCUGGUUUUGAAUGGAUAAAAUUCUAAAGCCGCAAUUUUGUACAAUUUCUUACCC